AUGGGCUCAAAUCUAGAAAAGUCCCCUAUCGUCGUCAGAAUCCCGCCUGCCGACGACGCUGACGAUGAGAACCUCACAUCUACUCUCGCCGACAUCGUCAACACGGUGUACACAAAAGCCGAAAGCGACAUCUUCAUUCCCUCAUACAAACGAACCUCGGCGCCAGAAAUCGCGCAAUUCAUCCGCAACAACCAACUCGCCGUCGCAUACCUCGUCUCCGACAACACCCCGGUCGGCUGCGUCUUCAUCAAGCUUAUCACUCCUCAACUGGGCGAAUUCGGCAUGUUGGCGCUGGAUGGGAAGUAUCAGGGCGGGGGAUUGGGACGCCAGAUGGCUGUCUUUGCAGAAGACGAGUGCAGACGGAGGGGCUGUUCGACGAUGCAGCUGGAGAUCCUCGUGCCACAGCAUUUUCACCAUGAAGGAAAGGUCGUUUUACUGAGGUGGUAUAUGAGGAUGGGGUAUAAGCUUGUAAAACUGGGCGAUUUUAACGAGGAUUAUCCUGAGUUGAAUAAGUUACUUGCAGGACCUACCGAGUACAGGGUUUUUGAAAAGAAUCUCGUCGAAAGCCCUGGGGCUUGA